CGGCUCUCUGGAGGGCUGCAUCUCCCUUCAGCUCCGCCGGGACCCAGGGACGUUGGCACCGCCCUGCUCAGCUCGCCAGCCACCUAGCCCCUUUGCCCGGGGUGACUACACGUGGCGGGGCGUGUGUGAGUGUGUACGAGCGUGUGGACGCGUGUGCGUGUGGAUGUGGCGCGCGUCCCAGCCAGCCUGGGGCGGUGGUCGGCUGCGUGGCGGAGGCAGGGCGGGCCUUCUGAGGACGAGCCCGCUGCACAGCCCUGGCUUCUGGCGCUAGGCUGCUGAACCCGGUCGCUGCUUUCCGACGGAUUUUAAUUUUCCUUCUCCCAGGGCUCUUGAUAAUGUUUGGCCCAGCGGCAACAAUAGUAGACGACUUGAUUUUCAAGCUCAGCCUCUGCGUCUUCUCUUGAGUAGUCACGAAGCCCAUCUUGGACCAGGAACUCCAAUCAUGUCUGUGAUGGUGGUAAGAAAGAAGGUGACAAGGAAGUGGGAGAAACUCCCGGGCAGGAAUACCUUCUGCUGUGAUGGCCGCGUCAUGAUGGCCCGGCAAAAGGGCAUCUUCUACUUGACCCUCUUCCUCAUCCUGGGGACGUGCACACUCUUCUUUGCCUUCGAGUGUCGCUAUCUGGCUGUCCAGCUGUCUCCUGCCAUCCCUGUGUUUGCUGCUAUGCUCUUUCUUUUCUCUAUGGCCACACUCUUGAGGACCAGUUUCAGUGACCCUGGAGUGAUCCCUCGAGCACUACCAGAUGAAGCAGCUUUCAUAGAAAUGGAAAUAGAAGCCACCAAUGGUGCCGUGCCACAGGGCCAGAGACCACCUCCUCGUAUUAAGAAUUUCCAGAUAAACAACCAGAUUGUGAAACUGAAAUACUGUUAUACAUGCAAGAUCUUCCGGCCUCCCAGGGCCUCCCAUUGUAGCAUCUGUGACAACUGUGUGGAGCGCUUCGACCAUCACUGCCCCUGGGUGGGAAACUGUGUUGGAAAGAGGAACUACCGCUACUUCUACCUCUUCAUCCUCUCUCUCUCCCUCCUCACAAUUUAUGUCUUCGCCUUUAACAUCGUCUAUGUGGCCCUCAAAUCCUUGAAAAUUGGCUUCCUGGAGACAUUGAAAGAAACUCCUGGAACUGUUCUGGAAGUCCUCAUUUGCUUCUUCACUCUCUGGUCUGUUGUGGGGCUGACUGGAUUUCACACUUUCCUUGUGGCUCUCAACCAGACUACCAAUGAAGACAUCAAAGGAUCGUGGACAGGGAAGAACCGUGUGCAGAAUCCGUACAGUCAUGGAAACAUUGUGAAGAACUGCUGUGAAGUGCUUUGUGGCCCCUUGCCCCCAAGUGUCCUGGAUCGGAGGGGUAUUUUGCCACUGGAGGAAAGUGGAAGUCGACCUCCAAGUACUCAAGAGACCAGCAGUAGCCUCUUGCCACAGAGCCCAGCCUCAACAGAUCAUAUGAACUCUAAUGAGACGCCUGAGGACAGCAGCACUCCUGAAGAGAUGCCACCUCCAGAGCCGCCAGAGCCACCACAGGAGGCAACCGAAGCUGAGAAGUAGCCUCUCUAUGGAAGAGACUUUUGUUUGUGUUUCAUUAGGGCUAUGAGAGAUUUCAGGGGAGACGAUCAACCUGAGACAGAGAGCAAAUAAGCUGUCCCUUAUUACGGUUUUUCUUUGGUCUUUAGUCACCCAAUUACACACUGGCAUUUUCUUGCUGCAAACUUUUUUUUUAAUGUUUGGACUUAAGACAGUGGCAGAAGAUGCCAGUCACAUUGGUAACUGGACAAAUGGGUCUCUUGGGACAUGGCACUGGUUUCCCAUUGUCUCAGCCACAAGGUGUCCUUGGACUCCCCUUCUCUUCCCUCCAGAUCCUAGCUCUCCUGCUGGCGGUCAUUGGCCUCUUUUUGGGGGCUAAAGAGCCUCAAGGCUGACUCAAGUCCUUUCCAGCUGCUGCCUGUCCCAAAUCCAGAGGCAGUCACAGAGACCUCUGGCCAGGGAAUCCUAACUGGGCUCUUGACUCCUUCAGAACUAAUGAGGCUUGGAGAGGGGUGCUGGAGGAUUCUCCUGGCUCCAAAGUGCCAGCAUUGCCAGCCAAUCCCAUUAGGAAUAGGGCAGGUACCUUCCACUUGUAUUUAUUUCUGUAGCUUCUCUUUUCUCCCUGCCCCUCAUCUACUUUCUAACAUCCAAGUCCCACUCUUUCCCCCCAUUAGAUGCUAUAGAUAAGUAGUCAUGGUAGAAAUAAUACAUUUCUCAUAGGUUCUCCAGAAACUUCAAUGCUUGUGCUGUUCUCAAUAAGCAUUGAUGAGAUGCCAACAAUACAGCCCCUCACACUCUCUGUCUCAUCUCCCCUCUUUGCUCAUUAGUCCACUUUCAUUUUCUCCUUUUGACUCCUGCUUCCACUGGGAGCAGGACUGGCAGGAAUAAAAGUCUGCACUUUGCUGGUUCCUUUUCCUCAGGGGAAGCCUGAGUGCUCACUUAAACACUACCCCUCAGACUUCUUGUGUAAGGCCUACAGAGGCCAUGAAUGCACAAAUGGGGAAGCCAAGGCACAGAGAGGCUCUCCUCUCCUCUCCACUCUUCUCCUCUCCUCUCCUCUCCUCUACCCUCCUCUCCCCUCCUCUCCCUCUUCAUCCCCUCAAAAAAGAGAGAGAGAAAGGCUAGACAGUACUUCCAUUAAGCCUUGGCUGAGUGAGGGAAAGCCCAGCACUGCUGCCCUCCCGGGUAUCCCACUCCAAGGCCUCAGCCCACCUCUGGCAAUGGUAACCACACCAGGGGCUUCAUCCAAGCCCCUACUCUUCCAGCACUUCCACCGGCAGAGUCCAAGAGCCACUUCAUCCUGGGGGUGGACUGUAGCCCCCCAGGCUGCUCUGCUCAGGACCUGCGCUACUUCAGGGAAGAAGAUCUAUGUAUUAUAUGUGGCUAUAUUUCCUAGAGCACCUGUGUUUUUCUCUUUCUAAGCCAGGGUCUUGUCUGGAUGACUUACGGGGACAGGGAGGGGUGCAAACCACGACUUUUAAUCUAUUUGAAGGUGAUUAAACUGUGUCUAAUGCAA